AGGGUGGGGAACCAGGAAAUGCUCCCCAGAGCUCUGGGCCAUUAACAAGAUCCCUGGGACCUACUCUGAGCACGUGGCUCUCCAGGGACAUCACUUGCGAGAACUCUAUUUUGGGCAUGUUCUCAGAGUUGAAGUUCCCUGUGCCCUGGGGCCAUGUGGCAGCCAAGGCCUGGGGACCCUUGGAGGGACACCCUGUGCUGUGCUUGCACGGCUGGCUGGACAACGCCAACACCUUUGACAAGCUCAUUCCACUGCUCCCCAAAGAUUACUAUUACGUGGCAAUGGAUUUUUCUGGCCAUGGCUUGUCAUCCCACCGACCUGCAGGCUCUCCCUACUAUUUUCUGGAUUACGUGAGCGAUGUGCGCCGGGUGGCAGCAGCCUUGCAGUGGAGACGGUUCACCGUGAUGGGUCACAGUAUGGGUGGGUCUGUGGGAGGAAUGUUCUGUUUCCUUUAUCCUGAGAUGGUGGACAAGCUGAUCCUGCUGGAAAGUCUUGGCUUUCUGCUAGCUCCAGAGGACACUGAGGCGUGGCUGAAAUCAAAACGGAUGGUGAUUGACACAUUACUGAGCCUAGAGGCAAAGCAGCAAGCUCCCAAAGCACGGAGCCCCGAAGCAGCAUUGCACAGGCUCUUAGAAGCAAACGGACAUCUGACAGCAGAGGGUGGGGCAAUCCUACUGCAGCGAGGAGCAACUGAGACACCCGCUGGGCUGGUGUAUAACAGAGACAUGAGAGUCCAUAUGUCUUUGCACCUGCAGGAGACUCAAGAGUCCUUCACGGUGGAGCGGUGUGUGAACCUCCUGCAGAAGAUCCAGGACCGUGUUCUCAUAAUUCUAGCCCAAGACGGACUCUUGAUACCGCACAAGCUAGACAGCAGAACUCAAUUUAUGAAAACCCUACGGGAGGCGUUCGAGUCUACCCUCAAAGAGCACAUCCAGCUAGUAGAGGUGCCCGGGAGUCAUUUUGUGCACCUGAACGAGCCUGAGGUGGUGUCUGGGAUCAUCAGCAAGUUCCUGACAGCGCAGAAUGCCAGAGCCAGGCUCUAGGAAGCCCUCACUGCUGCAGCAGUCCAGGAGAAGAGGGAGCUAAAAAGCAGGCUCUGGAGGAAUUGUCACCACUCCUACCUCGCAUCCAACGUCAGUUUCGUAAUACUCUUUCCUAAGUUUAGCUCAGUGCAGGGUGGAAGCAGGUCUGCCAGGGGCUCACUGGAGGAGUGCUGAGCAAAGUAUCUCACUUGUCAAAGGGAAAAGGAAUCCUUUCUCCACUUCCAGCUCUGUGACUACCAGGAUAGAGGCCCAGAGUGGCCUUCCCCUUGGUUGCUCCUAACUUGCACCCUGAAAUGGAGCAGGAAUACAGGCAGAGGCAUCCUGUGUGGGAGCAGCAGCACCAGCUGUAGCAUUGCAAGAGAUAGGUGGCUCACCUCACCUCCUCCCCGAGGAUGGUGUGACCAGUCUCCUCCCAGGAUUACACCUCCUGAAAAACCAGGAAAGUGUUCUGCUUCUCUGCUUACUUCCCUGGAUGCCUGAGCUCAGAAGGCCUCAGUGUCUCUGUUCUACUGUGAGAGCUGCUGCUUUUUUAAAAAUCAGCUUAAAUAAGAGCUCACCUGGGCACAGAAGGCCAUUUUAAUGAACUCCUAGCAAAUGAGUCACUAAUCCUCUAGCUGAAGCAGCUGGGAGAACUACUAAUAACGGAAAGUUGGCAGAGAUGAUUUCUGUCCUUCUAAAUAAAGAUUAAUCUCCCAAUGUUAACUCUAUCUUCUUGACUCUAUAGGAGAGUGAACCUCCUUUCUUUUGUGAUGCUCACCCAAGCAGCUAAAA